AAGAAACUGAAGCGAAUGAACGUCGCCCGGGCUGGUCAUGCGUUAUGUCUGUCACUGACAUUGAAAUACAAUAAUUUAGGGUCAAAUAAUAAGCUAGCGACCAACAUUAUCACAAUGUUUAGCAUACAUGUACACCUCUAAAUACCUCUGCAAAACGUUACUUAGAACCUAAGCAUGGCUCUGCCAUGUUUUCGACUGUCUUCCCGACACACCACCCGGUUAGGGCUAGAUGUUCGCUGCUAUGCAACACAGGGAAAAGCACCCAGAUCGCAGGAGAGGCGCGACAGUAACGCUGCAAACGCUCCAGUCUUCCAGUAUGUCGGUGAGAACCGGAAGCCCAAGCACAAGGUGUUUGUGUGGGGGUUCAGCUUCACCGGUGCCCUCGGUCUCCCCAGCCUGGUACAGCCCGACUGUGGCAGGAAAAAGCCCCGGAAAUACCAGCUCACACCCUACCGGCUGGAGACUGAAGACCAGAUCUCGUCGGCCGCGUGUGGCUAUGGUUUCACCCUUCUGUCGUCCUCGACCAAAGACCUCACCAAGCUUUGGGGCAUGGGACUCAACAAGGACUCCCAGCUGGGCUUCCAGCGCACUCAGAAGAGCAAGCUUGUGAGCUACGACUACGUGCUGGAGCCCUCCCCUGUGGCGCUGCCCCUCUCUCACCCCCAGGGCGCCAGGGUGCUGCAGGUGGCCUGUGGCCGCGCCCACUCCCUGGUGCUGACCGACCGGGAGGGAGUUUACAGUAUGGGAAACAAUGCCUAUGGCCAGUGCGGGAGAUCAAUAGUGGAGGAAGAAGACUACAGUGGCAGUCACAUCAUUCACAAGCUGGAGGGCUUCGACAGUAAGGUGAUCCAGGUAGCGUGUGGCCAGGACCACAGUCUGUUCCUCACGGAGACUGGGAAGGUGUACGCGUGCGGAUGGGGCGCAGACGGUCAGACGGGUCUGGGUCAUCAGCGUGUCAGCGCCGCGCCGGCCGAGGUGGCGGGCGAGCUGCGCGGCGUGGAGGUCAAGCAGAUCAGCACGUACGGAGACUGCAGCCUGGCCGUCUCCCGGGACGGGGGGCUGUACGGCUGGGGGAACUCUGAGUACCGGCAGCUGGCCUCGGUCACCGAGUCCUCACAGAUCAACUCUCCUAAACACCUCCCCCUGGAGGGCUGUGGCAGAGUGCUCCAGGCGGCCUGCGGAGGGACACAGGUGGCCAUUCUAAAUGAGGAAGGAGCCGUCUUCGUAUGGGGCUACGGCAUUCUGGGAAAAGGCCCCAACUUAUCCGAAUCCCCCACCCCUGAAAUGAUCCCCCCCUCGCUGUUUGGCCGCUCCGAGUUCACCCCCUCCGUGGCCGUGAGGACGAUCCGCUGUGGACUCAACCACUUCGCCGCCGUCACCGAUCAAGGGGAGCUCUUUGUGUGGGGCAAGAACGUGAGGGGCUGUUUGGGCAUCGGCAAGAGGGACGACCAGUACUUCCCCUGGAGGGUGACGGUACCGGGUCACGUCGUGGACGUGGCGUGUGGUGUUGACCACAUGGUGGCACUGGUGAAGUCUAUCAUCUGAGCGAGACCCGGGCGCACUAACGGUGACCCCGUCGCCCCCCUCGCGCAACGCAGGGCGUCACCCGGCACUGGACCAAGACGCGGUUUCCAAAUCAAAUGCAAACCAGCUGCUGUCUGCGGGAGAACAGCCCAGAUUUGGUCGCUGCGUCUUGCUAUGAUGUCACCACAUGCAUGCGCAGGCCAGGGCGAUAAGGGUCGGCAAAACCACCUCGUAAAGAAAAGACUCGACAACAACAUGCAGCUUCUGAGUGGUUCAUGCUGCCGGAAUGAUAUGUGAGGAUAAUUAGACCAACAUAUGUGUGACAUUUCCAAGUAAACGGAGAUGAAGACUUUGCACACAUUUGUGAAGCGAAUGUAAUCCUGUCUUGUUAUUCCUUUUCCAUGUGCUUGGUUGGGAACAGGAGAGCGUGAAAUAAAGAAAUAUUUUACAAAGGUGCUAUUAUAGCAACAUUGUGUCUGUGUGAACCAUAGCCACCCCCAGCUAAAUAAAUUGGCAGCCAAGCAGAGAAAUUACUUAACACUUUUAUAAAAGGUGAAUAGAAAUGCCAGAUAAAGUGGAAGGCAUGCUCCAAAACCAAUGUGGAGAUGUCCUUUCUUUUAUUUGAAGUAAUAGUCACAACUUCACUUUAGCAACAUCUGCUAUGUGUCAGGUCGGCAGGUGAAUAAUUGUCGUGUAGCCUAGAGUGUAACUGGUAGCCAUUUUAUUGCUCAGCUUUUAUUAUGUUUUCUGGCAGGUGUAUAACCCCAAGAUACAACGACUUGGUAUCAAAUGGUUUUAACUGAAAUGGGCCUCUUGUAAGUGUCGUGCAAUACACUAUAAAGUGUAGCUUAAAAGGAUUUUAAAUGGA